AUGGCGGAAUAUGAGCUGAGAUUCUCCGUGACACCCGCCGCCGAUACGGGUUCCUUCAAGCUGCUUGAGCUCCCAGCAGAGCUCAGCAGACUCGUUGAAUCUUCUGUAAAUGCAACAGCCCUGCCGAAAUUCACGAUCAAGGGUGCCUCUGACGGGGACGCCGUUUUGUGUACCGCAGACAAGACGUACACUGUACGGUCUGUCGUGCUGUCGAACUCCGUCCUAAUAGUCACACCGGAUCAUGCACCAGCAGAUGACGAGGACGACGAGCCUGUCCAGGAGGUGUUUAUUCGGGACCAGCUCAACGAAGUCAUUGAACUCAUACCCAGCGUACCUAAGCUAUCCAAGCUGGGACCGCUCCUCCGUGGGAUGGAAUACGAUGAAGGCCAUGAGGAUGAGGAUAUGGUAGAGGAUGAUGAUCAUGAUGAAGGGAGCAGCAAAAAAAAGCCUGCAAAAUUCACAUAUCAUGAUGCAAGAGCGACAAUCCAGGCCAGUGACGCAGAACUAGACAAGGGUCUGCGUGAUCGCCGCGUGCUCAUUCUAAAGGGCGAGCUACGCCCCAUCGCUCCAUCGCACCUCGCCACCAUCCUCGAGCUCCUGCUGACACUCCUCGUAUCUCUAUCUCUCUCUGAUGCCUCCGCACCUGCGGAACCUUUGAUAUACGCCCUUGAACACGAGCACGACAUCCGUCGGGACGUCGCACGGCAAGUCAUGGCCUGGUUCGGGCGUUUUAGCGGAGAGGGUCCAGCUCAACUAUGGGCGAUGGACGACAUUGCGGUCAUCAGGGAAGUGGGCCUGGGAAUUCUGAGGGCGUACAGGGACGAGCCUACGCCAGAGGGCGCGUUGUUAGAGCAGUGGCGACGUGCAGUCGGCGACAAGUUCGAAGCGACGGUAGCUCUGAAUCUCCUAUCGGGCAACUUCCUCACAUCGAUGGAUACGCUCGCCACCCCGCCUAUGCCGCAGGUCACGUAUUACUCCGCCUCGGCACUCCCGAUCGAGCCCGGUGCACGCUUUGCGGAGCUAUUUGUCGCGCGGGCGCGAUGGCGCGCCUCCGAUAUUGCACCGUUCCUCGCGGACAUCGCAGUCGACUCGAAGGAGCGCGACAAGCUGCUGCUCAAGCAUGCCCGCGCAGUGACGGACAAAGACGGGGUGUGGUAUACUGCACGAGCCAAGUACGGGGGUUGA